AACUUCCAAGCUAGAAAUUGGUGAUCUCAAGAUGCAUAGAGUUCAUUCAUCCAGUCCCCUGUUUAUUCACUUUCAAAAGCAUGUACAGACAAGAGAACUAUGUGUAUAAAUGUGGCCGGCUUCAUUUUGUACAUUUAACUGCAGGAGAGUGAUAUUAUUUCAGCACUGAAAAUGGAUGCAAAGGCGAUUUCAUUGUUAUCCUCUAUAGCAAUCUCAGUUGUCAUACUUGUAAUUGUGACUGUGACAAAAAAGGUAGUAAAUAAGGUGUGGUUGAAACCUAAGCAGCUAGAGAAGUUCCUGAAAGCUCAGGGCUUCAAAGGAAAUCCCUACAGGAUUCUUCUUGGUGACAUGGGGGACUAUGUAAGGGUCACUAAAGCGGAACAACCUAAAGAGAUCAAGCUCUGCGGUGAUGUCUCUCAGCAUGCCUUGCCCUACAUUCAUUACAUCGUUAAAAAAUAUGGUAAGGCAAAUUCAUAUAUGUGGUGGGGACCUGAACCAAGGCUCAACAUAUUAGAUCCAGAACUAAUCAAGGAGAUUAUGUCCAAGUCGAAUGUGUUUAGAAAGCCAUACCCCAACCCAAUUGGCGAAAUAAUAACUGGCGGGCUGUUGACAGCUGAAGAUGAGAAAUGGACGAGGCAUAGAAAGUUAAUCAGCCCAGCCUUUCACGUAGACAAGUUAAAGAAUAUGCUGCCAGCAAUGCAUUUGAGUUUCCAAGAGAUGCUCAAGAAAUGGGAAGAAUUAGUGUCAGCGACAGGUUCAGCUGAAGUUGAUGUUUGGCCCUAUCUUGAGGACAUGUCAGGGGAUGUUAUAUCUCGAACUGCAUUUGGUAGUAACCACGAAGAAGGUAGAAAGAUCUUUCUUCUCCAGAAAGAGCAAGCUCACCUCGCCAUUCAUUUAGCAUGGGUUUCUUUUAUACCUGGUUGGAGGUACAUUCCAACCAAAGCAUGCAGGAGAAUGAAUGAAGUAUGCACCGAAUUACAAGUUUCAAUCAAGAGUAUCAUUAGAAAAAGAGAGUUGGCAAAGCAGAGAGGAGAAGCCAACAAUGACGAUGAUUUGUUAGGUAUUUUAACAGAAUCCAAUUCCAAGGAGAUUGAAGAACGAGGAAUAGGAAUGAGUAUCCAGGAGGUUAUAGAUGAGUGCAAACUAUUUUAUUUUGCGGGGUCAGAGACUACCUCAAAUUUGCUUGUGUGGACAAUGGUUUUACUGAGUGCACACAAAGAGUGGCAAACCAGUGCAAGAGAAGAAGUUCUAAAAGCUUUUGGAAGCAAAAAACCAGACUAUGAUGGGAUAAAUUAUCUUAAAACAGUAUCAAUGAUACUGCAAGAGGUGUUAAGGUUAUACCCUCCUGCAGCUAUGCUUAUCCGGGCUAUUCCCAAGGAAGCACAACUAGGCAAUAUGAAUUUUCCAGGUGGAAUUGGAUUUGUGUUGCCGAUCCUGCUACUCCACUAUGACACUGAUAUAUGGGGCAGCAAUGCACAUGAAUUCAAGCCAGAAAGGUUCUCCCAGGGCAUUUUCAGUGCAACAAAAGGCAGAUUCUCAUAUAUGCCAUUUGGAGGGGGUCCCCGAAUUUGUAUUGGGCAAAAUUUUGCAAUGGUUGAAGCCAAAAUGGCGUUGGCAAUGAUCCUACAGCAGUUCUCGUUUGAACUUUCGCCAUCUUAUGCACAUGCCCCUUUCCAGAUUAUAACUCUUCAACCUCAACAUGGAGCCAAAAUAAUUCUGCACAAGCUCUAGUAUGAAUCAAACUCGUCAUGCAUUAGCAAUGAGAUUAUCGUUAUUGUAGCUUUGUGCUAUAUUGUGCUGCACUUACCAAUUGUGCUAAAAGUUUAUAUGUACUAUGUACAUUUCAUCCCCAUACUGUGAACAUCCUGCUUGUAAUAAGAUUAAAUUUUCUGGUAGUAAACUACAGCAGAUUCAUCCA